CAACAACUCCGCCCCCUCCCCUCAACCCCUCGAAAAUUGCAGACUGUGAUCAGAAACAACCCAUCUCUCUCUCUCUCUCUCUCUCUCUCUCUCUCUCUCUCUCUCUCUCUCUGUUUGUGUGUGCUGUUCAGUUCUGCACCACCCACACCCACACCCUCGUGCAUUAAUCUCUCUCUCUCUCUUGAAGAUCAUUCCGAUAUAAGCCCGCCAUUCGCUCCUUUCAGUGCUCUCUUUGCUUCACAUCUGAGGGGAAUUUGGAUUGUACAUGAGUGGAGAACAAGCAUUCUAGGCUUUAAUGCAUACUUGUAAGGAAAAGAAGUAAGUGAAGAGAGAGGCUAUAAGAGGAGGACUUGAGGUUGCAUAUGAUAAAGCUUAGUGGAGGGUUUCAUUAUUGAGUUACUGGAAAACCAGCGGAAGAACAACAUAGUUUUCUGCAAAUCAUGGGUUCAUCAAACAGACACUGGCCUAGCAUGUUCAAAUCCAAGCCCAGCAACAGUACUACACAUCAUCAAUGGCAGCAUGACUUAAAUAACUCCUCCUCUCACAUCUCAACUGGUUCUCAAAGAAACCCUUAUACACCAGUGGGUGGAUGUGAAGAGAGAACUCCGGAGCCGAAACCAAGAUGGAAUCCCAGACCAGAGCAAAUACGAAUUCUUGAAGCCAUCUUUAAUUCUGGAAUGGUGAAUCCUCCCAGGGAUGAGAUAAGGAAGAUUAGGGCUCAGUUACAGGAGUAUGGCCAAGUUGGAGAUGCCAAUGUUUUCUACUGGUUCCAAAACCGAAAAUCGAGAAGCAAACACAAGCAGCGCCAACUUCAAAACAACAAAUCCCAACAACCUCCACAUACCACAUCAGCUCCGCCGAUCACCACCAGUGUUUCCGCCGCCGCCCUUGUUGCUCCUCCAACUUCUUCAUCGUCCUCUUCUGAUAAAUCAUCUCCCAAUAGUUCAAAUGGAAAACCCUUUUCUAUGGGCUCCUCAACCGCUGUGGUUCAAGACUUGUUGAAUUCUCCGACUGCUUCAGUGAACCAACACUUUUUCCAAGCUUCAAGUGAUUUCUUAACCGAACCCUUCUUUUUCCCUGUGCAACAAAACUCUGGAGGAUCAACUUCUUCUGCAGCUGCUUUAACCCAUUGCUUUCCAGAUGUAUCCUGUGUUGCUGAUCAUAGUGUUGGAAGUAUUUCACUAGGUGAACUGAUGCUGAUGAGUCAAGGCCCUUCUAAGAAGUCUGAAGAUGACAAGAUGAAACUCCAGCAGCAGAUUUCUUGCGCUGUAACUGAUACACCAAUCUCGGCUGGCCCUAACAUUUUUCCUCCAUCUCUCUAUGUCUCAUCACCUACCAAUCAUGUUCUCCAAGCUGGUGCAAGUUCAGGUUUAGUGGAAUCGGGGCCCCCAAAAUCAACAGUGUUCAUCAACGAUGUAUGUUUUGAGGUUGCAGUGGGACCUUUCAACGUUAAAGAAGCAUUUGGUGAUGAUGCAGUUCUGAUACAGUCCUCCGGGCAGCCAGUUCUCACAAAUGAGUGGGGUGUUACUCUGCAGCCCCUCCAGCAUGGUGCUUUCUACUACCUUGUUCGGGCAUUCACACCAUCACCAGAUGACAGGACCAUUGACUUGAUUUAGAAGAAUUGAGGAUGUUGAAGAGGAGGGCCGUCAGCUGUCUAUUUCUAGUUUGUAACUUUUGUUGUUUGUUUUUAUCAUGUUACGACUAUGUAACCAUAUUUAGGCACUACUUGAGGACAUUAUGUUUUGAUCAAUGCUGUAGACCGUAUGUGUUUGCUAAU